GGGGCUGGUUCUAGUGGCCUAGCCUGUAUAAAGUGCUGUCUGGAUGAAGACUUGGAGCCUGUCUGCUUUGAGAGGAGCAAUGACAUUGGAGGGCUGUGGAACUUCCAGAGACUACACCUUGUGGAUUCACUGAGAGAUAAGUGGAUUGAAACAUUGCAGGCAGAUCAGAGAAGAAUUAGGAGGCUGCGGCUUGGUGUUUGAGGUAUGGAGAAGUGUACAGAGAUGGGGAUUUUCACACUUGACAGCAACAAUCUCAAAUGUGACUUUACUGAGGCAUGUAAGGCUGGAAAAUAUAACAGAUGCUAGAGCCAGCAUUUAUAAAUCACUGAUCAUUAAUACCUCCAAGGAGAUGAUGUGCUACAGUGACUUUCCAAUUCCUGAUGAUUACCCAAACUACAUGCAUAACUCUCGGAUUCUGGAGUACUUCCACCUUUAUGCCAAGCAUUUCAACCUGCUGAAGUACAUACAGUUCAAGACUAUGGUGUGUAGCAUAAGUAAACGAGAUGAUUUCUCCACGACGGGGCAAUGGGAUGUUGUGACAAGAGAUGCAGAGGACAAUUUGGAAUCAACUAUUUUCGAUGCCAUUCUGGUCUGUACUGGUCAUCAUGUCAAUGCCCAUUUGCCUCUGGAUUCUUUUCCUGGCAUAGAAAAGUUCAAGGGUCAAUACAUGCACAGUAAGGAAUAUAAAGGUCCGAUGAUAUUUGAAGGAAAGCGAGUGGUAGUAAUUGGAAUUGGAAACUCUGGAGGUGACCUUGCAGUUGAAAUCAGCCGACAUGCUAAACAGGUAUUCCUCAGUACGAGACGAGGUGCCUGGGUAACAAACCGUGUGGCUAGCAGAGGAUUACCGGCUGACAUGCUGUUCACCUGUCGCAUUUAUACCUUUCUUCCGACAUCUGUUGCUAGCUGGUUUGCUGAAUGGAAUGUGAACAGCCGAUUCAAUCAUGCAAACUAUGGUCUGCAGCCUAGCCACAGGUUUUUCAGCCAACAUCCAACAGUCAAUGAUGAUUUACCGAAUCGCAUUAUAUCUGGAACUGUAUGUGUGAAACCUAACGUGAAGCAAUUUACUGAAACUGCAGCCAUCUUUGAUGAUGAUACAGUGGAAAACAUCGAUGUUGUUAUUUUUGCAACAGGAUACAAUGUCUCUUUCCCAUUUUUGGAUGAGUCUGUUGUUAAUGUCAACAAAAAUCAUGUUUCUCUGUAUAAAUACGUCUUUCCACCUCAACUGGAGCAGCCAACUCUGGCUAUCAUUGGCCUUGUCCAGCCAUUAGGAGCCAUUAUGCCAAUAUCUGAACUUCAAGCGCGUUGGGUCACAAGGGUCUUUAAAGGUUUGGCUAAACUGCCUUCUGUCAACACCAUGAUGGCAGACUUAGUGGAGAAGAAAGGAAAAAUGGCCAAAAGGUAUGUCAGCUCCCAAAGGCACACUAUUCAAGUUGAUUUCAUACCCUACAUGGAUGAAUUGGCAGAGCAGAUCGGUGUGAAACCCAACCUGAAGGAGCUCCUCUUCACGGAUCCACAGCUGGCUUUUAAGAUCUUGUUUGGCCCCUGCUCACCAUACCAGUUUCGAUUGACUGGGCCCGGAAAAUGGUCAAAAGCUCGGGAAACCAUUUUCACACAGUGGGAACGCAUCAUCAAACCAACUAAAACACGUUUGCCAGCUAAGAAUCAGCAAGAAAUGUCUCUGCCAAUGCUGCUGAAACUCAUGGCUCUGCUAGUCACCCUUGGUGCUCUCUAUCUGUUUCUGUAAUUGGGUGGAAGAUUUUCCUUAGGAGCUUCUUCCAGCCUUUUGGUCAGCCAAAUGAUGAUUGUUUUCAGUGUUAAUUUUGAUUACCCUUCACAUGAUAUAUCAUAGAGUCAUUGAGUUUUACAGCACGGAAAUAGGCCCUCAGCCUUUGGUGUCUAUACAAGUCUUGAUGCUCCUGUCUAUUCUAAUGCCAUUUCCAGCACUUGGCCCUUAGCCUUGUAUGUAUGGCACUUCAAGUGAUCAUCUAAAUACUUCUUAAAUGUUGUGAUGUUUCCCAGCUCUGCCACUGUUUCAGGUCCAAAUACCUACCACAUUCUGGACGAAAAAUAUCUUAAAUCUCUCUAAACUCCAUUACAUCCUUUACUUUAAAUCUUUGCUCCCAGGUUAUUGUUCCUUUGAUGAAGGAGAAAUGUUUCUUUCUAUCUUUCUACACCCCUCAAGUUUGUACACCUCAAUCAGGUCCCUCUGUUCUGCCUUCUCUGCUCUAAGGAAAACAAUUCCAGCCUAUCUAGCCACUCUUCAUAGCAGAAAUGCUCCAGCCCAGGAAACAUCCUGGUGAAUCUCCUCUGCACCCUGUCUAGAGCAAUCACAUUCUUCCUAUUGUGUGGCAACCAGAACUGCACACAGUAUUCCAGAUGUGGCCUAAGUAAUGUCUUAUACAGCUCCAUCAUAAUUUCCUGUGAAUUUCAGUGUUGUGACCAACUUAUCCAACUAUCCUGUAGCCUUCAAGGGUCUGUGGACAUGCACACUGAGAUCCCUCUGAUCCUCUGUACCUUCCACAGUCCUACCAUUCAUCGUAUAAUCUUUUGCCUGUUAGUCCUCCCAAAAUGUAGUAUGUUAUACAUUGCAGAAUUAAAUUCCAUUUCCCAUUGCUGUACCCAUCUGACCAGUUUAUGUUAUCCUGUAGUCAAAUACUUCCUUCCUCACUAUUUACCACACCAUUAGUUUCCAUGUGAUCUGCAAACUUACUGAUCUAACCUUCUACAUUCAUGGCUAGAUAACUAACGUACACUACAAGCAGCAAGGGACCCACCACUGAACUGUGCGGUACCACAAUGGACACAGGAUUCCAUCCUUCUCUGCCACCUGCCACUAAGCCAGUUUUGGUUCCAAUUCGCCAAAUUGUUCUGGAUCCCAUAGGCUGUUAUCUUCUCGACCAGUCUCUUGUGCAUGACCUUAUCAAAGGCCUUACUAAGGUCCACGUAGCCAAGCAUCCACGUCUUGUUUCAUGUGGAAUUUGUUCUUCAAGAUUCAAUAUCUUGAAUGAAUCAAGUUCUGUCUAUAUCUGGUUCAGCUGUUGUGUUAGACUUAAGGAAUAUUUUGUCAAAAAGCAGCCUGCCAAGUUUGGGUGCUUUAAUGAACAAAAUGUGCCAAUAUGGUGUGUUUUGUGACAUUUAUGUCCAGACUGAUGAGGAUAGCCACUUUGCUGACUCUAGGGUGCUUGUGAAUCUGCGUUCCAUCCGAUACUUGCAACUUCAGACAAGGAAGGGUAGGAAAAGCAAGUAUAAUUUUUGCAUCUUAUUUGAUAAGUAUUUACAACAUAUUUUUUAAAAGUCAUUGAACUUAAUUCCCGGAGCUGAACUAAAUCACAUAUCCUACAGACCCUCACAUUGGUUCCAUUGAUAACACUGACAACUCUGCUCAAAAGACUGGGCUGUGUAAUUUAAAGAAUUUAAAGUGUAAAAGACUAAGGGAUAUCCACUUCCCAUUUCUGAUAAUUUGGAUGGAUGUUGAAGAAGUGUAGUUCCCGAGCUUUGCUGACCAACAUUCUUCCCUCAACUAAACACCCAAAAAGGUUUGAGAUAACAAGGUGCAGACUUGGAUGAACACUGCCGGCCAAGCAGCAUCAGAGGAGCAGGAAAGCUGACAUUUCGGGUCUGGACCCAAAAAAGUUUAUUUUUUUAAAAUUCUGGUCAUCCACCUUGGUCCUGUUUGUGGGAUUUUGCUGUGUGCAGUUUGGCUCUGUGUUUACUGACACGCUGAUUCAUUUUAUGAGAAAUGUUCAGACAAUUCUAGAAGACUUUUAGCUGGUAAGUGCUUAGAUGUACAAUUAUCUAAUGCCUGCAGCUCUUUUGAUUUUAUUUUGAAGUAAAACAAUGGGUGCUGUUUGUGUGAUAUUUUCCUUUGUGUAAUUAUGAUACACACAGAUUGUUAUAAAUAAUAAUUAGUAGCUUCUAUGAUUUCACUAGGGAUUUGGCUCUGUGAUGAAUGUGCAGUUUACCAGGAAUAUGAUGCAGCAAAUUAUUGGUCAUGGACAUGGAAGCAACAGAUCUUCAGGCAAACUGUAACUGUUGUCAUAAUGUGAAUUAAAUUCUGUUUGAUCCCAAAUUGUACAUGUCCCAAAAGCUCACCAUUGCUCUUUUAAAAUACCAGAAAAUAUGAGAAAUUAAAUCAGUUGCACCACC